GAUCUCCUUGAUGAUGCUGAGAGUUGUCGUCGUAAGAUGGUCGCAGCCUCUGCUCUCAUUAAUGGUCUUGGUGGAGAGAAAGUUAGAUGGACAGAACAAAGCAAAGAAUUCAAAUCUCAGAUUAAUAGACUGGUGGGUGAUGUACUUCUAGCAACCGGUUUCUUAUCUUAUUCUGGUCCAUUCAAUCAAGUAUUCAGAAUCAAUCUCAACGGCAACUGGCAAAAAGAACUCCGCACCAACAAAAUUCCUUUCACAACAAAUCUUAACAUAUCAUCUAUGUUAGUGGAUGGACCCACGAUUGGAGAAUGGAAUCUUCAAGGAUUACCAAAUGAUGAACUAUCUGUUCAAAAUGGAAUCAUUGUUACCAAGGCAACACGCUAUCCACUUCUUAUCGAUCCACAAGGUCAAGGGAAAACAUGGAUCAAGAACAGGGAGCAACAGUUUGAAUUACAGGUUACUUCCUUAAAUCACAAGUACUUCCGGAGCCAUCUGGAGGACAGUCUGUCACUUGGCCGGCCACUGCUCAUUGAGGAUAUUGGGGAAGAGCUUGAUCCUGCUCUUGAUAAUGUACUGGAGAAGAACUUUAUCAAGUCUGGCAGAACAUUGAAGGUUAAAGUUGGUGACAAAGAAGUAGAUGUGAUGAAUGGAUUUAAGUUGUAUGUCACAACCAAACUGGCAAACCCAACAUAUACACCAGAGGUAUCAGCUAGAACAUCAAUCAUCGAUUUUACUGUCACCAUGAAAGGACUUGAGGAUCAGCUUCUGGGCCGUGUCAUCCUCACUGAGAAGCAAGAGCUAGAAUCAGAACGCAUCAAACUAAUGGAAGAUGUGACAGCCAACAAACGCAAGAUGAAAGAACUGGAAGACAACCUUCUCUUCCGUCUCACCAGCACUCAGGGAUCUCUAGUGGAAGAUGAAUCCUUGAUCUCUGUACUUGGUGUCACUAAAGUGACUGCAGAAGAGGUCACUGAGAAACUUGUAGUUGCUGCUGAAACUGAGAUCAAAAUUAAUGAAGCUAGAGAGGAGUUUAGACCUG